AUGAAACUACAAAACCUCGUCAAUAGAAGUUGUUACAAUUACAAAUUAGAAGGCAGAGAAAAGUUAGAGUGUCAAGCCAGGGUCAACCUCUGUGAUUGUGGUAUCCUCUACACCCAACCAAUAGUCAGCAAGAACGGAACUGUUGAAGUGCAGUUAUUUGUUGGAAGUACUAGUCUUCCAACAAAUAACUCUAAUAAUAAAUUAGUUAAAACAGAAGUUGCUACAGAAAGUGAACUGGACUCACUAAUAUUCGAUAUUGCUAAUCACCACUAUCACCAUGUCAUGGCAAUUCACUAUGUGUAUUCUAAGAAGCAGUUGAUAAUGAUGACUCCAUUAUGUGGAGCAAUAUUUUCAAGGGAUUGUGUGACUCCUAUAUCUGAGAAAUUGCACAUCACUCUGGAAAGAGUAAUAGCUAUAAUAAACACAAGUACUUGCUCUGGUGGUCAAUAUCUGAAUGACUCUGAUAUAGCUUGUGCUAUAGUUGCAGCUAUAUGUGCAACGAAAAGAGUAACCAACAAAGGAGCUAGGGAUAUGAUAAUAACUAAAAUUGUAAAACAAUAUGCAGCAAAGCAUAAACAGUUCAUCCCUGAGCACUUCUCUACCUUCAGUGAGUAUGCAUUAGGUGGAGUUCCACCUGGCAUGGAUGCAGAAUCCUUGAUUGAAAAUAACAGCAAUAUACAGAUUGCUGCAAUUAAUCGUAGGAUUGCUGCAACUGCUGCAAAGGAGACUAUUACGACAGCCCCUGCUGCUGGCUUAGUCAAUAAGGCUAAACUUGCUACACCAAGAAUGCCUUAUUAG